AUGGCAUGUCGCAUAUCGCAUAUUGCAGCAGACCUGGACUCUAGACCGCCCACGCCGCACCGCACCAUGGACAGCGCGCACGACAGGCACAAGCCAUCCGCCGCCGCCGCCAAACGAAACUUCAGAACCCCCGCCGUCCGAGGUCUUCCCUUAAGGGCUCACCCGGCCGAAGAGGUCUACGUUACUGGAACCUUCGACAACUGGACCAAGAGUGAGAAGCUGGACAAGGUCGGGAAUUUGUUCGAAAAGACCGUCACCCUCCCCGAGGCCUCGGAGAAGAUCUACUACAAGUUCGUCGUCGACAACAACUGGAUCACAGAUCACACCGCGCCUCAAGAACCCGACCACGAGGGAAACGUAAACAACUUCCUGACCCCCGACCAAAUCGUCAAGGAGGACUCUUCCGCCGCAGUCAUGAACACCGUCACCCCCGAGUCCACCACCGCCGCCCUGGCCAAGGACGUGCCCCUCGAGAAGAACGAGGACAAGCUCCCCAUGGCCACCCCCUCUGAUAUUCCCGGCGGCUUCCCCGCCACCCCCGCCAACGAGCUUGACAAGGUCCUUGGCGUCAACCCUCUGCCCGCUCAGGACGUCACCGCUGAGCCCAUCAAGGUUGAGGCUGGCGAGCCUCUGCCCGCCUCCGUCAAGGCUGGCGACAUCAACGAGCACGUCAAGCUGGACAAGGAGGGCUACGAGGAUGCGAGCGCCCUGCCUGGUCUGUCCAAGGAAGAGACUACCAUUCCCGCCGUCACCAACAACACCAUUCCCGAGUCUAGCUUGCCCGUCGCCAGCGUCGCCGAUGUCACUAUUAACAGCGCCGCCCCGACGUCCACCACUGCUGCUCUCGCUGCUGAGGUCCCUGUAGAGACCAAGAAGGCCGAGGUACCGGAGGUUGUCAAGGAGAGCCAAGAGAAGGCCCACGUCGAGCCUGAGGCUAGCGCCAACCCUGAGGCCGUCCAAGAGAAGGCCGUCGUUGAGGAUGAGCUCCUUGAGAAGGUGCCCACCGCUCCUUCUACCUCCGAGGGUACCUCCGGCUUCGGCACCCAGAAGUCCGAGAACGUCGGUACCAUUGCUGCUACCGCCGCCACUGCUGGUGGUAUCGCUGCCGCCGCCGCCAUCGCCGCCAAGGACACCGUUGUCGAGGCCGCCACUCCCGCCGUUAACCAAGCCUCUGUCGCUGCUACCGACGCUGCUGCCAACCUCCCUGAGCCUGUCAAGGAGAGCCUGCCCGUCCCCGUCCAGGAGGCCAUUGGCGCUCAGACCAAGGAGGAGACCCGCGAGGAGGUUGCUCCUGAGGUCCCUGCCGUUGUCAAGGAGGCCAUCACCGAGUCCGGCAAGAGCCCCGAGGCUGCUGCCAACACCGAGGCUGUCAUUGAGAAGAAGGAGGUCGAGGCUGAGCUCCUGAAGGAGGUCAAGACCGUCCCAGCUGUCGGCGAGCAGGCCGAGCCGUCCAAGACCGAGGCCGCCAAGGAGGAAGUCAAGGAGACUAAGGAGGAGGUCAAGGAGGGCGACAAGUCCAAGACCGAGGCCGUCAAGGAGGAGGCCAAGCUUGCCAAGGAGGAGGUCAAGGAUGCCGUCACCAAGGACGAGCCCAAGAAGGAGGUCAACGGUGCCAACGGCACCAACGGCACUCACACCGUCAACGGCACCAACGGUGCCACGGUUAAGGAGCCCGAGGCUCCUGCCACUCCCUCCAAGGCCGCCUCCACCGUUCCCGAGUCGACAGCACCAAGCACCACCAACAAGGCUGCCGACAGCCCUGCCGGUACCGAGAAGAAGAAGAAGAACCGUCUGAGCGCCUUCAUCGGCAAGAUCAAGAGCAAGGUGCACAGCAAAUAA